CCUAGAUCAGCCUCUAGUGCUGUACCGGCCCUUCUUUCGGGCCUGCCUUUCACUAGCCGAACGGCGAGUUUAUAGGUGCACACAGCAACCAUGAAGCUGAUUCACAAGGUUGAGGAGAAGAUGAAGAAGGGCGAGACCUUCUUCAGCUUCGAGUUCUUCCCGCCGCGCACGGAGGAGGGUGUGGAGAACCUGUUCGAGCGCCUGGAUCGCAUGGUUGCCUAUGGCCCCGUCUUCUGCGACAUCACCUGGGGUGCUGGCGGCUCUACCGCCGAUGUCACUCUGGACAUCGCCACUCGCAUGCAGAACCUGAUCUGUGUGGAGACCAUGAUGCACCUCACCUGCACCAACAUGCCGGAGGAGAAGCUGGAGAGCGCUCUGCACGAGGUGAAGAAGAUGGGUGUGCAGAACAUUCUGGCCCUGCGCGGCGACCCGCCCAAGGGCCAGGAGAAGUUUGAGGCGGUGGAGGGCGGCUUCAACUGCGCCCUGGACCUGGUCAAGUACAUCAGGAAGCAGCACGGCGACUACUUCGGCAUCUGUGUGGCGGGCUACCCCGAGGCGCACCCCGACGGCAUCGUGGACGACCCCGAGCAGAUGAAGAAAAACUACUGGGCCGACAUCGCCUACCUCAAGCAGAAGGUGGACGCGGGCGGCGACAUGAUUGUGACGCAGCUGUUUUACGACGUGGACGUGUUCCUGCAGUUCGUCAAGGACUGCAGGUCUGUGGGCAUCACGUGCCCCAUCCUGCCCGGCAUCAUGCCCAUCAUGACCUACGGCGGCUUCAAGCGCAUGACCGGCUUCUGCAAGACCAAGGUGCCGGCCGAGAUCUCUGACGCGCUGGAGGCGAUCAAGGACAACGACGAGGCUGUCAAGGCCUACGGCAUCGACCUGGGCGUGCGCAUGUGCCGUCAGCUGCUGGCCAGCGGCGAGGUGCCGGGCGUGCACAUGUACACCCUCAACCUGGAGAAGUCGGCGGUGGCCAUCCUGGAGCAGCUGGGACUGGUGGACACCAGCCGCGUGCAGCGGCCGCUGCCGUGGCGCCACGUGCCCGCCGGCACCGCCCGCGCCGUGGAGCAGGUGCGCCCCGUGUUCUGGAGCAACCGGCCCAAGGCCUACGUCAAGCGCACCCAGGACUGGGACAGCUACCCGGCUGGCCGCUGGGGCAACACGCGCUCGCCCGCCUACGGCGCGCUGUCCGACCACCAGUUCAUGCGGCGGCACAGCACCGGCGAGGCGCGCCGCGAGAAGGCGCGGGCGGCCUGGGGCGCGGCGCCCGCCUCCGUGGACGACGUCAAGCAGGUGUUCGUCAAGUACAUCAAGGGCGAGGUGUCGCUGCUCCCCUGGGCCGAGCUGGACGGCGGCCUGACCGCCGAGGCCGCCGCCAUCCGGGAGCCCCUGGCCGCACUCAACGCCAACGGCUACCUGACCAUCAACAGCCAGCCGCGUGUGAACGGCGUGGCCUCGGACGACGCAGUGCACGGCUGGGGCGGCCCCGGCGGCUACGUGUACGGCAAGGCCUAUGUGGAGUUCUUCUGCUCGCCCGAGGCCUGGGCCACCCUGCGUGCCAAGCUGGACGCCGCGCCCUCCAUCACCUACCUGGCCACCACCGCCGCCGGCAGCCCCGCCGGCAACAUGGCGCCCGACGCCGUCAACGCCGUCACCUGGGGCGUCUUCCCGGGCAAGGAGGUGAUCCAGCCCACGGUGGUGUGCGCGCCCUCCUUCGCGGUGUGGAAGGACGAGGCGUUCGAGCUGUGGACCAGCGAGUGGGGCGCGCUGUACGAGGAGGGUAGCGCCGCCCGCGACCUGCUGGCGGGCAUCAAGGACAGCUGGGUGCUGGUGAGCGUGGUGGACAACGACUACGUGGCCGGCGACCUGUUCGGCGUGCUGCUCGGGUGAAACAUACACACACGCAUGUGUGUGUGUGCUCGUGCACACAUACACGCCACGGGCGCGCGCUGCGGGCACGGGUGCUGGGGUGAGGGAGGGGUUGACAGCUGUGGCUGAGGGCGGGGGGGGAUCGUGUGGGCGGGGAGGAGCAGGAGGCGGGGGUUGGGUUUGCUUGGGCUGCUCGUGUGGUUGGUUGGCGCGGGGAUGUGGGCGAGUGGGUGGUGGAGGAUGUUCGCAGGAGAACGGGGCGGAUGGUGUGGAAUCGGUGGCUUGUGUGAUUCGGGAGCGGGAGAGGUCGCGGCGGAAAGGGCAGUUGGAAUGGACCAUGCUGAGUGCUCGGUGGGGGCGAGUGUAAUGUAAUGGAUUCACAGGAGUAGGCUGGCAGAGGGCUGUGAUUGGUGCUAACGACGCGCCCCUGGGAGCUUGCAGGACCUUGUAGGAGCUACGAAGGAAGAGGACACGUGCGUGGGGAUCUCGUGACCCGUCAGCGGUGUGAACAGGGACACCGUAUCUGUGAGUGCCGGAGAACGCGCUGUGGUGGGAACAGUGAUCGUAUCUUAAGAAGGCAGGCGCGGCGCCAGUGACAGAUUUCCGAAAUAGGGCAUCUUUAAUUUUCAGAAACCC